ACGGCCGCCAUAUUUGAAACGACGAAGAACUUUUUAUAACAUUUUUUUGCUCUUUUCUUUUUGACAAUUAAGUACAUUGCUGCCAUAAAGAGAAACGUUAGAAAUGGCUUCGAGUUUGGUAUGUACUUGGUAUAUUUUAGCCCAAAUCUGAACUUAUUCACUGACUUAUUGCAGUGGCACAAGUCUUGCUAAAUGUCUGUUUAAAUGCAGAAUUUAGUAAGAACUAUGUCUUUAUAUCUGCCUUAUUAUUUAAUAGAUAAUGCAUUGCAAUAUGUGAAUAAUUGACUGAUUACUGUUUUGAUUCUGUUCAAGGAGGAUCCAACGCUCGAGCGACAUUUCAAAGGUCAUAGAGACACAGUGACAAGUGUUGACUUCAAUCCCAACAUGAAGCAGCUUGGUAAAGUUAUCAUAAUAUUAAGUUUCUUAAUCGUUUUCCAUCAGGUAAUGCAGACAAUGAGACUUUGAAAUACACAAUACGAAACGUCUGCUAAACCCAGUGACAUCAUGUUCACGGACCUUCACGCUUAAAAAAAUCCACAAAAAUAACUAUGCUUUUCAUAUACCCUUCCUUCUCCUAAUUCCUUAACCCCCCCCCCCCAACUUAGGGUACUGUCGGCUUUAGAAUUCGAAGAUACCUCUUUGGAAACUGAUCCGGGAAUAAUUGUUUGCUUUGAUUUCAUUUUUGCAGUUACUGGUUCAAUGGACUCCAGUCUGAUGAUUUGGCAUUUUAAGCCACACAUGCGAGCUUACAGAUUUGUUGGACAUAAGGUAUGAAUAAUUGGUGAAUUUAUUCUAAAGGUAAAGUGUAGUUUUAAUUUGUGUAUUUAAAAGCCUUUCUUGAGUUCCAAAAACCUCCCAUGUUCAAAAUUAAUGAGCAAGAUUUAUGAAAGACCGCUGGGGGGACUCCCAUACAAAAGUGACAGGGAUGGUGCUCAUUGUAUUGCUUAGGGGAGUAAAUUGCAGAUUUUGGUCUCAUUUAGGGUGUUUGGGAUGGAAAGUCACCAUAUUUGCCCAUUCAGGUAUCGCUUUGGGCUGUGCAUAAAGAAAUUUUCAAAAAAAUGUCCUGAAACUGACCACACAGAUAUCUAACAUUUAAAAAGAACACAACAUUUCUCCACUUGUUUAAAUCCCUAGCUCUUCUGUUUUUAGUAGGGUCUUUUGGGGUCAGUUAGCUUCAGUUUAAGCAUGAGCCACAUCCACAUUGGUCUCCCUUUAGGGGUUUAAUUUUCACUUGCUGAUGAGUAUCCUCGUCACUUUUAUAUGGGAGUCCCCCCCCGGCAAAUUCUAACCUUACCUUUGAAAAGAGGCUUGACACAUAUCAAAAAUGGUUGUUUUCUCUCAAAAGAUGGAAACACUGGAUUUGUGCAUUGGUCAACAAUCAUGACGAAAUUGACUGCAGAUGCAAAACUUGAUCCUGCAGUACCUUUCCUAGUUUUGUUGACAAUUUUCUUCAUUCUCAGGAUGUCAUUGUGAAAUAUUUUGUACAUCUCUGGACUCACAAGUUUCGAACUUGUUGACUAAAUAUAAGAAAAGUGUUUUAUGUAGUUAACAAAAUUACCUAUGUGUUACUUUUUUUCUCAGGAUGCUGUACUUUCAGUGAAGUUUUCUCCAUCUGGACAUUUGAUUGCUUCAGCAUCAAGAGACAAAACUGUCAGACUGUGGGUCCCAAGUGUGUAAGUAAUAGAUACUGUAGACUACGAGUAGUCCCCCAUUUUUCCUCAGGGAUAGUAGAGCAAGCGAAACGCGAGCGCGCGUGAAAAUCACCCCACGCGAGAAAAGGCGACACGCGGCGGGGAGAGAGAAAAAUGAGGGACUACAGACAAAGCCCAAGCUUUUGAACUAAUGCGUUGCUCUCACAACGCAAAACUCUGAUUGGCUCUUCCAUGGAACUCUGUCAACAUCUGUCAAAAACGCGCCAGCCGCUAUCAACGCUCGACAUAAUCACAAUUUACAGAACAGAUGACUAGAGCAGAACAAAUAACAGCACAGAACAAAUAACUAGCGUUGCUCUUGUAGAAGCAACUAAGCAGAAAGCCAACCCGGCAACUGAUGAGGUUCGGGUGGAGAACGGAAACCACUGUCUCGCCUGAUCACAAAGUGGGAAUAAUAGAACAGUCGCAAGGCUGUUAAGCUAAUUCAAAAGUUAUCACCAAGGGAGGAAUUGCGUGCUCCAGUCCAAAUACUCACAUUAUCUCCAGAAAAACAAGCGGCAGUUAAAAUUCGUGAGCAGUCAUGACUGAGUCACAUCGCAGUUCUCCAUAGUUGAUGUAGUUUUAGUCUAAGCUGCAAUCCAUUCUUCGAGAUUUGGAUAUCACUAUUCGUCCUGCUAAAAAUGCUAACGAGCUGGGCCCAGCGUGACAAAAUAUUGCAGGAAACCGUCACAUUCACGGCCAAAAAGGAAAUCGCUUAAAAUUGUUCAGAUCCAGGAGGAAAUCGCCGGAGAAAUUAAACAACCCAAAACCCAUAUUUAGCUACAUUGAAGAGCUUUACUUUUCAAAAGAGGUCAAAGAAAAUGCUCUUGCAUGAGAGGGCAAAUCAUGCCGACCAUAAACAAUAACAGCAGAAAAUUAAUAUGCGUGUCACGGCCUCUCAGUAUGAAAUAAGCGGCAAAAAUCACAUUUGCUCAGUCAAAUUGUUUUCCUCCAGAGCAUAAUCUACCCGUCAGAGAAAAAAAAUUCAUUGAAACAAGCAGCAUUUUGCCAUGAGUAAAAGUCGUGUGUUGCCUACACUAUCAACAAGUUCUUUACGCGAAACAGCCGUGAAGAAAAUUAGUAUCUAGGUUUUCUUUUGCUUGCAAUAAAUAUCCCCCGCAGUUUACCGAUGACAAGAGCAAUGACAGCUCAAUAAGGGAAGGAAUCCCAUUGGAUGCACUUAAUUGCUUUCGAAGGGGGUACAAAUUUUACACUCCAAAAUCAGUCGGCUGUGAAGGGUCAAAAGCUUGGGCUUUGUCUGUAGUCCCUCAUUUUUCUCUCUCCCCGCCGCGUGUCGCCUUUUCUCGCGUGGGGUGAUUUUCACGGGCGCUCGCGUUUCGCUCGCUCUACUAUCCCUGAGGAAAAAUGGGGGACUACUCGUAGUCUAUAGAUACUGUGAGUUAUUGUCCAUGUCCAGAGAAACUAAGCCAUGUUAUUAGCAAGAGCCUUGUGUAUCACAUUAUUGAUAACAAGGCUGUGUUCUAAGAAAAAUUGAAGGGUGCCCAGCAGAUAAUUUCUAAGAAAUUGAGAUUUUCUAGUCACCCAGGAGCAAAAGUAAGGCACCAGCAGCCACUGGGUGCUGCUAGAGUGCAGCCUAGGAUAAAGUCAUUGGAUGGCCCAAGCAUUGAUAACAGUUAUUGCAAAGGAUGUUUGUUAAUAGGAAUCAUUAGACAUGGUUGCCAUAGGUUAAGAUAUGGUCAUGGAAGAAAAAGAUAAUUCAAGGUCAGGAAAAAGUCAGGGAAUUUCACCUCAAGUCAGGGAAAAUUAUUUAAUUUUUUGAAAGAAGUCAGGGAAAAUUGGAAUUUUAAGAGGACUUGUAAACAUGUAGUUUAUUUUUUUCCCUCUACUUUUGUUGUUUUCUACAGUGUAACAUUUAAAAUUCACUUGUGCAUGUGACAGACAUGAAUCAACUUGUAUUCAUUUGGUAGAAUAUUGUUCAUGUACUUGAAUGACAAGCUGAUGUUGGGUUUUCAACAAAAUCACUCUUUUUUGCAUGUUAUGUUAAGGAAGUAUCCAUUCAUGCACACUGCACACGCCUUGCUGAAAGCAUUAUAAAUACAGUGUAUAUGGGUGGAGGGGAUGGAUUGUUUAUUCCGUUUGUCAGGGAAAUUUUACAUUUUGUCAGGAAAAUGUCAUGGAAAUGUCCGGGAAUUUCAGAAACCUCUAGCUAUGGCAACCAUGAAAUUUAGAUGUUAACUUUGUGAUACUUUUUCAUUAUCCAAAGUAAAGGAGAAAGUACCGUGUUCAAGGCUCACACAGCAACUGUAAGAAGUGUGGACUUCUCUGGUGAUGGCCAAUCACUUCUGACAGCAUCAGAUGACAAAACUGUCAAGGUAAUUUGUUAGUACAGUUGUGUAAGAUGGUGGAGUGGGAGAUAGUGAGGCAAAGAAGAAGGGGUGGUAAGGCAGAGGGAAAGAGUUGGUAAGAUAAAGGAGUAGACUAUGGUAAAGCAAGGGGUAAAAAUACUGUAAAGCAUAGACGUAGGGUGAAGUAAAGCAUGGGAAAAAGGAUAGAGGGUACAUGUUAGGGGUGGUAAGGCACGGGAGGGUGAUAGUAAGGUAUGUCAGAGGGGGAUGGUAAGGCACAAGGUAGGGGGAUGACAAUGCAGGGGUAAGGGGAUGGUCAUACGUAGGCAUAGUGUGUAAGGCAGGGGAAAAGGGAUUGAAGGUAAUCAGUAGGGGUGAUAACGCAAGAGAGGGGAUGCUAAGGCGGCGGGUAGGGGGAUGGUUAGGCAGGGCUCUGGAAAAAGAAAUUUUUGUUUUGAAAAAAUGUCUGGGAAAAGUCUUGAAUUUUGGAUCCAAAAAUCUACGAACCCUGGGAUGACAUGUGCAAGUUGGGCAGAGUGUAAGAUGAGUGCUGCGAGACCAUGCUUUCCUGAAUUCAUCAAUCAAACAUGAUUAUCAUAUGGUGAAGUUAGCCUCACCAAAGAUGUUUAAGAGAAUAUAGCAAAUUACCUUUUUGAUUUUCUUUGAAAAGGUAUGGACUGUUCACCGUCAGAAAUUUCAGUACUCUCUAAAUGCUCACAUGAACUGGGUGCGCUGUGCAAGGUAAAUAUAAACUGACAACUAUCUAAAUAUUAGCAUAACAGUACGUUACUAUAAUCAAAUUGAUAAAUCUUAUUUAGUAGGAUUUAAUCACACCACAGUGUCGUUCCACUGAAUGUUGAGGUUUACUUUUGAGACAAUUUUGAACAUGACUGACAACAAUUUUCCUGUUGCUAUAAACAAUGUCAGGUUUUCACCAGAUGGUCGCAUGAUUGUAUCUGCAAGUGAUGACAAGACAAUCAAAAUCUGGGAUAGGACAAGCAAGGAAUGUGUUCACAGCUUCUAUGACCCAGGAGGGUAUGUUAACGAAAGAAUGUAAACUGUUUUUUAAUAGUGAGUUCAUUAACUCAUUGAGAUGGCUGACUAUUUAGCAUGGAAUGACAACAUACUGAUCAAGGAUGCUUGGUCUUUGCAGGUUACUAGGCUCAUUAACAGCCUUCCUUUAAUUAUUGUAUUGUAUUGUAUUGUAUUGUAUUGUAUUGUAUUGUAUUGUAUUGUAUUGUAUUGUAUUGUAUUGUAUUAUUAUUUCAAUUACUUUUCUUCAGAUAUGUGAAUUCUGUAGAGUUUCAUCCCAGUGGAACAUGCAUAGCAGCAGGAGGAACAGACAGCACAGUCAAGGUGUGUGUGUGUUUCUUCUAUCCUUGAAAAUUGAGUGCAAGUAAAUAUUAACUAUCCAGUGUGACCAGUCUUAAAUAGAUCUACCGGGAAAAUGAUAGAAGUUUGACAUUUUCUUUUCAGGUCUGGGACAUCCGAAUGAACAAACUUCUUCAACACUACCAAGGUAACCACACUCAAGUUCACUUGAUUUUUGACAUAAGGAGACUGUUGUAUAAACCUUCACUAGGGUGCAAAGAAAAUCAGUCCUUCGGGCAAGCUGUACCUAACAUUAAUUAAUUAAUCACUUGCUUUAUUAUUUGUUGUGGUUACACUGUAGCUCUGAUUUGUAAAAAGCUUUAGGAGACUUAGAAGCCUUACUUACAACAUUAAUUAUAGUCUAACAUGAAAUGUAGUGUUAUACUUGCUUUUCCAGAUUUCACAUUUUCAAAAGGGGGUGAAAAGGGGGUUGUGUUCCACAUGAAUUUAUUAUGAAUUUUAAAUUUGUCUCAAAGUACUUGUCUUGCCUGUUGUCUUACCCGUUGGGCAAGUUAAGAACAAAAUUCACUAGCCCGAAGGAAAAAUCCACUAGCCCAGGGCUACAGGACACAGUUUUCUUUGCGCGCUGCUUAACAGUACUGAUAACUCUUAACUGACACAUAGGUCAAGGACCUUUGAUCUUCUCAGAUAGUGCGGAGACUAAAGGGCCUCUGCUCACGGUUUAGUUAUUUCCAUUUUUUUAGCACACACAAAUGCUGUGAAUGCUGUUUCGUUUCAUCCAUCUGGAAAUUAUCUUGUAUCUGCAUCAAGUGAUACCACUCUCAAGGUAACAAAUUAAGAGAUUUAUAUAUAUAUGCAUUUUUUAAUUAUUAAUAGUGAUCUUUAUGUAUUUGAAUUCUCUCUGUUCUGGUGAAACAAAUAACUCUUCAAAAGAUAAAUCUGCAGCAAGAUGUGAGAUCCACCUGUUGUGUUUUGGUAGCAACCUUUACAUUGUUGGCAAAAUCAAUGGAUGCAACCCACUCUAGCCAUCCUCACUGCACUUACAGACUUUGGUUUGAAACACUACAUAUACAAAGCAGUCUCAUUUUGCUUUACACUCUCUCAUUAGAUCUUAGAUUUGAUGGAAGGCCGGCUAUUUUACACACUUCAUGGACAUCAGGUUAGUCAAUAUUUAAUCAUUUUCUUCCUUAAAUAAUUUCCUUUGGGUUGUUACACAGACCUGCACUAACUUAUACAUCACUUUUAACAGUGUUUGAUGCUCCUUAUACUUUUUAGGGUCCAGCAACAUGUGCUAUAUUCUCACGUAAUGGUGAAUAUUUUGCUUCAGGAAGCUCAGAUGAACAGGUAAAUAAAUCGGUAGAGUUAGUGAUGACUAGCAGCUAAAUCACCCAGCAUAAUACAAUAACUCCUUCAUAGCCAGAUUCUGUAUUCAUGAGUUACAAAUGAAGGAAGCCUAUAUUUCCUGCAGGUUCAUUAGGGCGAUUAACUCAAAAAGGUCCUGCAUUAUUGACAAGCACAGGAAGAAUAAUUUCAGAAUAUGCCUGUUUUUGGAAGUUUGAUGGUGUUAAUUACAUCAUGGUGUGAUCACCAUGAUGUAAAGCAAAUUAGAUUGAAAAUAUGCUGAACAAUAGCAAAAAAAAAAACAAUACCUAACCAACAAUGGUUCCUGCAAUACAGUGAAAACUUGCCUGGAAGAACCUAGUAGUUUAAGAACCUGCUGGCAGAAUUUUUCUGCUUUAAGCCAAAAAUAUAAGAACCUGUUUAGCCAAGCAAAAUCAAGCAGGUUCUUAUACGUGGUCACAGGUAAAAUAUGAUAAACAAUUUAACCAACUAGUUUGAGAUUGCAAAGCGACAUACAAGAAAAUACUGUCCUGAACUGUCAUUACAAAAUAAGUACAGGCUUCUGUUAGUAAUUCCUACAACAAAAAACAGAUUUAAAUAAAGUACAUUUGUACAGAUCAUUGUAAAGGUUUGCAAUGCACAGUUCUGAAUAAGUACAUAUUUAAGGACCCAACUCGAACGUCUAACCUUUAUUUACUGGCGGUCUCCUUCACAGAAAUUGAGACCAAACUUUGCCAAUAACUGCCCCAAAUUACAAAAAUCUUUUCUGUCAGACUUCAAAACUGUAGUUAGGUUGUUACAUGUGGGUUUUCACUGUACUACAACACUUUUCUUCUCCCAAAGGUUAUGGUGUGGAAAACAAAUUUUGACAAAGUGGACUAUGAUGAAGGUAAGAAAAUGGAUCAUAACAUGUACUGAUAAUAAUAAUCUUAUUUUUCUGUGAAUAUUCUAAAUUGAUUGUCUGCAAUUGCCUUUAAUGUUAUAACCACAAAUAACUUAUUUGCUUUCUUUUCAACAGUUCUGCGUUCACACAGAAAAAGAGCAGCCUCUCCACCUGUGACACUUCCUCACAAUCAUGACCCACCUCCAAGAACUCUACCUAAAUCAGCAGCUCCAGAGGUAAGUGAUUUGAAGAACUUCAUUUUAACCAUUCCAUGUGACAAGUUUCUUAUUGACUGCAUGAAAGGGUCAGAUGAGAUAUUUUAUUUUGUUCUGCCCAUGAUCUUUGCAGGUCAGAGCAGGUGCUGAGCCUAGGAACCUUGCUGUUGGUGACCCAGAAGUUGUAGAAGUUGGGCCAGCAAUGUUUUCAAUACCUCAGGUAAAUUUUUAAUCCAUUCAUUUUUAAGCAUGUUGACUAGCAGAGAUAGCAAUACCAGGAGCAUAGUUGUUCUAAGUCAGCUGAAUGGCUGUAAAAAUAAUUAUUUUGUACACAAAUAUUGUUAUUUCAGAGACAGAGCAGACUAGAUGAGGUCACUGGCAGAAGAGGAGAGUUUGAUGCCCUGGGAGGGGUCCCUGCUAGUCAACCUCCUCUCACUACUCCCCUGGAAAGACGGGAUAUACCACCCCAGCUCAGCAUGACACUAGAACACAUUGUAGGACAGUUGGAUGUCUUAACACAGGUUUGAUAUAUAAUGUUGUUGUUCAAUUUUAUCUUUGGUUUAAAUUUUAUUCUCCUUUGUUUUGGAGUAUGGUAAUCAUGGUGGUAUGGUAAUGUAUGAUAAUCAGUUUGAAACAAAGGAAAAUAAAAUUUAAACCAACUAAAAAUUGAACCACAACAUAUACAGUAAAUAUUCUUCAGUAAGGACCACUCAUACACUUAGAAUUUUGCCAUUUCCUGCUAACAGCACUGGUAAUUUAUUUACCUGAAAUCAUUAUUAUUUUGUUUUGUUUUGUUUUCAUUUGCAGACAGUAUCUAUUCUGGAACAGCGACUUACAAUGACAGAGAAUAAACUUAGGGAGUGUCUGGAUAAUCAGCAAAAAAUUAGUCUCCAAAUCAGACCAAAUGAAUAACGUGCCUUGGCCAUUUACUUCCUCACAGAGAACCUGAAGAACUGAGUAGUUUUAUUGAACACUUAACUACAGAAUGUACGAGUUUCACACAGCACAGUGAAUCCUUGGUACUCAAACCAUCAUCAAAUCUAUUCUCAGUUGGUUAAGUUGUCAAGGGUUAUAUUCUCAUUUCUGUCGUCAUCUUUGCUUGAACUUGAUAGAAGCGCUACCAUGCAAAACAGAAGGUUUUGAUGGAAAACACGUGAUGAAAACAACGUCAGCAAGUAUGCAUACAGAGACUCAUUAAUUGCUGACAUCUAACUGUAACAUUUGAUGUUAUUUAUGUAAAAAUAAAGAGUGUGACUGGGCUGAACAUCAAUAAUAAAAUCUUAGUCUCACACCUAACAAUUAUUGUUAAGUUUGAGACUAAGAUUUAUGCAACUGACCUCAGAACCAUUAAGAACAAUGUUCUUUGUAACGAUUUUCCAAGUUUCAGCCGGUGAAGGAAUGGGUAAAUAAAGUAAACUUGUCGAGUUUUGAACUUCAAAACGUUUUCAAAUUCGUGGUUGCGUGAGUAACGCGUGAAAAGCAAAACAUGUUGACACCACAACCAUGUUUACAUACUCUCAUGCAAACACUUCUCUCAGCC